AUGGGGACCAAUUCCAAGUAUCCCGCCCAAUGUAAAGAAGUAAAAGACAAAUGUCAGCAAUUGGAAAAUAACUGGCUUAAGAAUGAUAGUAAUAAUGCCAGAGCAACCAUGGUCCAAAAGUUUCCAUCUCCUGUUCGUCCAUAUGAUCCUAUGUGGGUCGAUAGUCCAGCAAAUAAGCCACCGCACAACAAUAUCCCAGCAUUUCCGCCUUGCCCGAGAUGCACUGCAACCAUCAGAGGCGAAUGGAGUUUGUGUGAUGCGCUUGGAAAAUGGAUGUUGGAAAAUGAUUCUAGUCAUUGGUCUGAUGGUUUGUUGCCCGUUGUUUAUGGAAUCAAUACUAGAGUUUCUAGUACAACAAAAUCAACACCAUAUGAAGUGAUGUUUGGCCAAUCGCCCCGUUCUGAUUCAGGAUUUUGGAAGCCUGUUAGUCAAAAUGGAGUUCUAGAUGAAGAAGAUUUACCAAGCCCGGUUGUUAAUUUGGAUGAUGAUAUCGGAACUCUAUUGAUGUUGUUGAUGGUGAUAUGA